AUGUCGACGAACACUAUUGCCGGAACUGAACAGGUCGGUGACCUUAUCGACCAGGUCACCCUAGCUGCAAAUGCGUUCAAGUGCGACAGCCGGGAAAAGGACCGUCUGGCUGCUCUCAAGGCCGCCCAGGGGCUCGUGAGGGCAUUCCAAAAGCCUCAGGACGCCGUUUACAACCUCGCAUAUUCGCCCACCCAUGCGCUAUGUGUGCGAAUCGGAGUCGAUCUGGGGGUCUUCCAGACGCUCACGGACCGAAACGCACCGACCAGCCUUGAAGAGCUGGCGGCCGUCAAAAACGCCAGUCCAGUUCUGACGGAGCGUGUUCUGCGCAUUCUCGCUGGCAUUGGAUACGUCGCGGAGCACGACACCCGAGUAUACGCACCCACGGUCAUGACCAAGCAGAUGACCAACCGGUUGAGCAUCGCAUUGCUCAAAUUCAUCUUCGAUGUCGGCAUGCCCACGCUGGCCAAGAUCCCCGAGUUCCUCCGCAAUACCGACUUCCGAAACCCCGAAGGCGCGACGAACGGUCCGCUACAAUACGCCGAGAAGAUGGACGAAGUGAUCUGGGACUGGCUGCCGAAGAACCCGGACUACCUGAACAGCUGCAACACAUUCAUGGAGGGCGAUCGCGGGAGUCGGCCCAGUUGGCUGGAGUGGUUCCCGGUGCAGGAGCGCAUCAUCGACGGGUUCCAGGGCGACGAGAAGGACGUACUCUUCGUCGAUGUUGCCGGGGGACGAGGCCAUGAUCUGGCGGCGUUGAAGGCCAAGUUCCCCGAAGCGCCUGCCCGACUGGUGCUGGAGGAUCUUGCUCACGUUCUGGAAGAGAGCACGAUCGAGGAUCCCAAGAUCGAACGCCAGCCGUUUGAUCUCUUCAAGCAGCAGCCUAUUCAAGGCGCCCGAACAUACUACAUGAAAUUCAUCCUACACGACUGGUCCGACGAAGAGAGCGAGCAGAUCCUGACGCAGCUCCACGCCGCCAUGAAGAAGGGAUACUCCAAACUCAUUAUCGAAGAGUUCGUGCUGGCGGACAAGGACUGCGCUAUGCUCCAAGCCAUGUGGGACUGGGAGAUGAUGAUCUUCUGCAACAGCAUGGAGCGCACGGCGGAUCGGUGGGCGCAGCUGUUGGAUAAGGCUGGAUUCAAGGUGGUGAAGUUCUGGUCUCCCCCGGGUGAUGGACAGGGAAUUAUUGAAGCUGAGCCGAAAUGA